AAUACUUCCUCCAAGUUUUGUGAUACCAAUUAUUGUGAAUAUUCACUACAGAUAAGUAACUCAUUCUUCAUUUUAAUUAUUUUCGUCUAUCAAUCAAACCUGCAAAAACAAAAAUGUCUUCUUACAUUUUCCGACUGAUCGCUUCUGCAGUGAUCAUUCUCAUGAUACACAUUAGUAGCGACAAAGUAACUGCACAACCCUCAUUUGCAGCCCAGUACCAAUGUCUAGGAGAUAAUUACACAAAUCCCAGCCAAUUUCAGGUGAAUCUAGACAAAGUUCUCUCUUCUCUGUCUUCCGACAUCACGGCAAGUGAUCGAAAGUUUUUCAACAGCAGCACUGGCAAUAACCUGGAUAAAGUAUAUGGUAUCUUACUCUGUAGAGGAGAUAUUACACAAAAAACCUGCAGGAUUUGUGCGGAAACUGCAAUUUCAGAGUUGACAGAACGUUGUCCAAACACGAAAGAGUACAUUACAUUUUACACUUACUGCAUGCUAAGAUACUCAGACAGAAAUAUAUUUUCUGUUAUGGAGGAAAAGCCAGAGAUCACUUUGCAAAACCGAGAGAGUUACACCAACCAGAAGGUAUUUAACGAUAUUGCAGCACAGUUAAUGAAAGGUCUAGCAAGAAUUGCUACUACAAAUGAAAACCACAAUGAGACUUUACUUUUUGCCACUGGAGAAAUAGAUUAUUCUUCAGUAGAUAAAAUUUAUGGCUUGGUUCAAUGUACUACGGAUAUAUCUACAAGCGACUGCAAUGAUUGCCUAAUGAGUGCAAUUGGUAAUAUCAGUGAUUGUUGUUACGGGAGGAAAGGUGGGAUAGUUCUUAAACCUAGUUGUAAUAUAAGGUAUGAGCCGUAUCCUUUCUCUGACUACAAACAAGAAACUAAUCCAGGUCCCCUUCCUUCAAGUCCUCCUCCAAAACAAAAUGUGACUGCAACAACAGGAGAUACUGAAAAAGACAAUAAGUCCUCCAGCAAUAUAGUUCUUAUUGUGGCCAUUCCUUUAGCUAUUGCUCUCGUACUCAUCUCCACAGCAUUAGUAUACUUCUAUUUGAAGAAGAAGAAGAAGAAGGCCUACAACUCGAUUGAUGAACCUGAUGAUAUGGAUGACAUUACAAGGAUAGAGUCAUUGCGGUUUGACUUAGACACAAUAAAAGCUGCUACUGGAAAUUUCUCUAAUGAUAAUAAGCUUGGGAAAGGAGGAUUUGGUUAUGUUUACAAGGGUACGUUAUCAAAUGGACAAGAAAUAGCCGUAAAGCGGCUAUCUAUCAACUCUGAACAGGGUAAAAAAGAAUUUAGGACUGAGGUUGGUUUAUUGGUCAAGCUUCAACACAGGAAUCUUGUUAGACUCCUUGGUUUCUGCUUGGAGGGAGAAGAAAAGCUGCUUAUCUAUGAGUUUGUGCCCAACGGAAGCCUCGACCAAAUUAUUUUUGACCCCUCGAAAGCAGCAAAUUUGAAUUGGGAAACACGUUAUAAAAUAAUUGGAGGGAUCGCUAAAGGCCUACUCUAUCUUCAUGAAGAUUCUCGGUUAAGAAUUAUUCAUAGAGAUCUCAAAGCUGCCAAUGUGUUGUUAGAUGAAGAGAACAACGCCAAAAUUGCAGAUUUUGGUAUGGCAAAGCUGUUUGACUUGGACCUAACUCAAGGAAACAGCAGUAGCGCUGUGGGAACAUUCGGAUACAUUGCACCAGAAUAUGUAUUGCAUGGGCAGUUCUCGACAAAAUCAGAUGUAUAUAGUUUUGGUAUCUUACUACUCGAGAUAAUAACCGGCAGGAGGAUCAAUCAGUUCUACGAAUCAUGAAGCUCCGAGUACCUUCUAACCUAUGUAUGGAGACAUUGGGAAGAAGGAACAGCUUUAGAGUUGAUGGACCGAACAUUUGUUG